GGAACUAAGAAGUUAGGGGCUGGGCCAAGAACAGCAAGGGGCGGAAACGAACGGCUAGGAGAGCAGGGGAUCCAUGAUUACAUUUCGUCGUCAAUGUGAAUCAGGCAUAGAUAUUAUCGAACUCGGAACUCAGAAGUAGCAACUUGUGCUCGUUUUUAUUGGAGUAUUUCUGUUCCCUCAACUCUCAACUUCCCCAUUUUCUUGCGCUUCUCUCACUUGUAUUCUUCACUCUUGGAAAAUGACUAGCCUUUCAAAUUCUUUGGUUUUGCCGAAAAAUCGUGGAAUCCAACUAUCGUCUGGCUCUCAUCUAAAGGCAGCAGACCAAAGCUUUGGGAGUGCCAGCCCUACCAACUUGGCAUUCAAUUCUAAUCGUGUGGGCAAACUGCAACUUUCUGUCUCUAGAAGGCCACUCAUAGUUCAAGCUUCAUACAGUGAUGGUGGAAGGCCAAGCAGUGCAAGCAUUUUUGUUGGAGGUUUUGUUUUGGGAGGACUCGUGGUUGGUGCACUUGGAUGUGUAUUUGCUCCUCAGAUCAGCAAGGCACUAGCUGGAGCUGAUAGGAAGGAUCUAAUGAAGAGACUGCCUAAAUUCAUAUAUGAUGAAGAAAAAGCUUUGGAGAAAACAAGGAAGGUUCUGACCGAGAAGAUUGCUCAGCUGAACUCUGCUAUUGACGAUGUUUCUGCUCAGCUCCGAACUGAAGAUGCCCCAAAUGGAGUUGCUGUGAACUCCGAUGAAAUUGAAGCUGCCAUAUGAAUUGCCUUGCUGUUCACAUUGCCGUUUAACUGGUUGUGUUAUCCAUGUUAAGAAAUAAUAGGUGCAUUAGUGUAAUUUUCAUGUUUUCUUGGUGAACAGUGUAACUCUCUUUUUUGGAUAAGUUGUGGUUGUUGCACAAAUAGAUGAAUACAUAUUUUUCGAAGUACAUGAUGGUAAAGAUGCUCAAGGUUUUGCGCCAACUUCCGAAGAGUAACAUUUGAGGCGUUUCCUACUUGUACAAGUUGGUUUUCUAAAACUUAAUUUGCUACUACUUGGAACAAUUGGAGCGAUCUAUCUUCAAAUAAAUAUUUUCUUUCCCAA